AUGUGGACCUACCCCCGAAUGAUGCUGCUGGCGGCGGUAGCAGCAACGGUCCUGCCGCCCGCACACACCGAAGCCUUCCUGGGACAUUUACUCAAGAAGAAAGCUGCUCUUUUCCUCUCUAAUGGCGCCGAGACAGCCAAAACCAACUAUGGCGGGUAUCAAGGCACAGCACAGCACUCGCCACGCUUUCCAACAACAGGCUUCGGUUUUGGCGCAGGUGCAGGAGGCGGGGCGGGUUUCUCCGGUGGGUUUGGUAGCGGCGGUGGCGGGGGAUUUGGUGCAGGUGGGGGUGGGGGCAUAGUAUUCGGCAAGGGUACUGGGGCCACGGGAGGCGGGUUUAGUCUAGGUGGUGGAGGUGGUGGAGGUGGUGGGGGCGGUGGGGGCGGCCAUAUAUCGGGUGGCUCCUCUGGGGGCUCUUCAGGAGGCUUCAUUAUCGGAGGGGGUGUGGGACCAGGGAGCAUCACUUCGAUAUCAGGGGGAGGUGUCAGCAUAUCAGGCGGUGGUGGGACGGGCGUGAUCACAGGGGGUGGUGCGGGCGUGUCCAUCGGUGGUGGUACGUCAGGCGGUGGUACUGGCAUCACUAUAACUGGUCCAACAGGGGGCGGCGGAGGGGGCACAAUAAUCAGCGUUACUGGUGGAGGGACAGCAGUUACCGGAGAGGGUUCUGUAAUCACAGGUGGCACCACAGGGGGUGGCGAAGGGGGCACAGUAAUCAGCGUUACUAGUGGAGGAACGACAAUUACCGGAGGGGGUUCUGUAAUCACGGGUGGUACCACAGGGGGCGGCUCAAUCACUGGGGGUGGACUGGGGGCAAUAUGUCCUGCUGUGACGGUGCCUGUGGUCAAGGAGGUAACGCAGACACCAGUGCAGACGCAGUACGUGACGGUGCCACAGCCUUUGACUAGUGUGGUGAUCAGGGUUGUGCCGUAUUACAAGACCUUGAUAGUCUCAGCAGCCGUCAUCGCCACCGUCACCGAGCCAGCGGAGACAGGGUACUGCCAGAGCACGAGGGUAGUCUACACCACGGACACAGUGAAGCAGGUGUCUGUCAUCACUGUGACUCGUGACAUCACCUUCACGGACCUCAAGCAGGAGGUACAGACGCUCACCUCCACGGAGACUGAAAUUCAGGUGUCCACAGACUACCGCACCGUCACGCAGCACAGGCACAGUACCACCACCGCAACGAUCUACGUCACCAGCAGUUCUAUCCUCCGACACUACACCACCGAAACCCUCACCUCUGUUUACUACGUCACCAGCACCAGCGUGACCUCCGUGGUGGAGCCAGUCUGGGUCAGCACAACGGAGCUGGUGUGGAACCCAAUCACCGUGACAGUCACCAAGACCAAGGUCACGUACAACACGGUGUGGAACAAGUGUGGCGGGGGCGGCUACUGA